AUGCAUGUUCCCCGCCUCUUCUCCUGGCUCACGCUGGCAUGCGCGACUGCCUUAGCCGCGAACAACGAAACAGCUCCCGGCAUUAUACCAGGAACAACCGGUCAAUAUAUUGCUGCAGGAGGCCAUCGUUAUUACUAUCUCGAGGCGAACCCGGUCAACGCAUCUCUCGGGACGAUUCUCCUCUUCCACGGCUUCCCCGACUUUUCGUACGCAUGGCGCUAUCAAGUACCUUUUCUUACGUCGCUCGGCUACCGUGUGAUUGCACCCGACAUGCUUGGUUAUGGAAAUACAGACACUUCAUGCGAUGUCAGUGACUUUGCGCUCAAGAAGAUGUCCACCGACAUGGUGGAAGUACUCGAUCAGAUUGCCCCUGGCGAGAAGAUCAUCAUCGGAGCCCAUGACUGGGGAGCAGGGCUAGCAUACAGCUUCGCCAUGUGGUAUCCGGAAUACCUUAAAGCCUUCUUCACAAUUUCAAUUCCGUAUACAAGGCCGUGGCUUGGUCCCUCGCUGGAGUGGAUCGACAUGCUCGACCUCGUACAGAACCACACCUACCCAACAAUGGCCUACCAGCUGCAAUGGCGCGAUCCUGCCGUCAAUCGCAAUUUCAGCACUAAAUCACAGGUUCGAUCAUUCUUGAAUGCUGGAUUUGGGGGCUUGACGGAGGAUGGCAGAGGAGGCCUCUCGCCUUUUGAAGGCAUGCAAUACGACAUCAUCCCGCUCCUCAGAAAUCAGACGCUCGUUAACCCCGAGGACUUCGAGAUCUAUGUCGAAAAUAUCAAUCAGAAAGGCAUGAGUGGGGGUUUCAACUGGUACCGCACCCGGCGCAUGAAUUGGGAAGAUGAGCUGCCGCUUGCGAAGAGGGGAGAUUUCAAGUACCGAACGCCGCAUCUGUUCAUUCCGGCAACGAAUGAUUCUUUCAUGCCGCCAGAACUUUACACCAACAUGGGGCAAUACUUCGAAAGCGAGACGGUCGAGCCAGUUGAGGCGGGGCAUUGGGCGAUGUGGGAGAAGCCCGAUCAGGUGAAUGAGAUCUUAAGGAGGUGGAUCGCACAGCUCUAG